CAGAGAUGCCGGCAUUCUUAUAGGAAUUGCUUGAAACCAGAGUCAUGGUGGAUGUAGGGAAGUGGCCAAUCUUUACUCUGCUCUCCCCGCAAGAAAUAGCAUCUAUUCGGAAAGCAUGUGUCUUUGGCACCUCAGGCAAUGAAGCAUUAUAUGUUACUGAAAAUGAUGAGGUGUUUGUAUUUGGACUGAACUAUAGUAACUGUUUGGGAACUGGCGAUAAUCAGAGUACACUUGUACCCAAAAAGCUGGAAGCCUUAUGUGGGAAGAAAAUUAAAAGCCUUAGUUAUGGAAGUGCACCACAUGUUCUCCUUAGCACUGAAGAUGGAGUUGUUUAUGCCUGGGGCCACAAUGGAUAUAGUCAGCUUGGGAAUGGGACGACCAACCAAGGCAUUGCUCCCAUCCAAGUCUGUACCAAUCUCCUGAUGAAACAAGUGGUUGAAGUAGCUUGUGGCUCACAUCAUUCCAUGGCUCUGGCAGCUGAUGGAGAGGUAUUUGCUUGGGGUUAUAACAACUGUGGCCAAGUGGGAUCAGGAUCCACAGCAAAUCAGCCAACUCCUCGAAAAGUUACAAACUGUUUACACAUUAAGAGGGUGGUUGGCAUUGCCUGUGGUCAGACCUCGUCCAUGGCUGUCCUGGACAAUGGUGAGGUGUAUGGCUGGGGUUACAAUGGCAAUGGUCAGCUGGGCCUGGGAAACAACGGCAAUCAGCUGACCCCAGUGAGAGUAGCAGCUUUGCAUAAUGUGUGUGUGAAUCAGAUUGUCUGCGGCUAUGCACACACUCUAGCACUAACAGAUGAGGGCUUGCUCUAUGCCUGGGGAGCUAACACGUAUGGGCAGCUGGGAACUGGCAAUAAAAAUAACCUACUAAGCCCAGCACACGUCACAGUGGAGAAAGAAAGGGUAGUAGAGAUUGCAGCCUGUCAUUCUGCCCAUACCUCUGCUGCCAAGACCCAGAGUGGGCACGUGUACAUGUGGGGCCAGUGUCGCGGCCAGUCAGUCACUCUGCCUCACCUCACUCACUUCUCCUGCACAGAUGAUGUCUUUGCCUGUUUUGCCACACCUGCUGUCUCAUGGCGUCUUCUGUCUGUAGAGCAUGAAGACUUCUUAACUGUUGCAGAGUCACUGAAGCAAGAAUUUGAUAGUCCAGAAACUGCUGAUCUGAAGUUUCAAAUUGAUGGAAAAUAUAUUCAUGUCCAUAAAGCGGUUUUAAAAAUUAGGUGUGAGCACUUUCGAUCCAUGUUCCACUCAUAUUGGAAUGAGGACUCAGAGGAGGUGAUAGAAAUAGACCAGUUUUCUUACCCCGUGUAUCGUGCCUUUCUCCAGUACCUGUACACAGAUGCAGUUGAUCUGCCACCGGAAGAUGCUAUAGGUCUUUUGGAUUUGGCAACAUCUUAUUGUGAAAACAGACUGAAAAAACUUUGUCAACACAUUAUCAAGCGAGGAAUUACUGUGGAGAAUGCCUUUUCAUUAUUCUCUGCUGCAGUCAGAUAUGAUGCAGAGGACUUAGAAGAAUUCUGCUUUAAGUUUUGCGUCAAUCAUUUGACAGAAGUUACACAGACUGCAGCAUUUUGGCAAAUGGAUGGCCCCUUGCUAAAGGAGUUCAUUGCUAAAGCCAGUAAAUGUGGAGCCUUUAAGAACUGA